UCAUCGUCAGUGAUGACGCCUCCGUGACUCGCCGCUCACUCCGCGCAGACUGUAGCUCCACUUCCCUCUCUAUAAAAGCGCAAUGGCGCUCGGCCAACAACCAAACGCACGGCGUCUCGGAGAGAUUAACCAUGGCAGCUUGCGCGAAGGAGGUCCUCCCACCGUCUCUUGAUUCUACUUCCGAACCACCUGCUCUCUUUGAUGGGACCACAAGGCUGUAUACAUCUUAUAUUUGCCCAUUUGCGCAACGCACCUGGAUUGCUCGAAACUAUAAGGGGUUGCAGGAUAAGAUCAAAUUGGUUCCUAUUGAUCUGAGUAAUAGGCCAGCUUGGUACAAAGAAAAGGUUUACCCGUUAAAUAAGGUGCCUGCAUUGGAGCAUAAUAAUGAGGUCAAAGGAGAGAGUCUGGAUUUGCUUAAAUAUAUUGAUAGUCACUUUGAAGGCCCUUCAUUGCUUCCAAGUGAUCCUGUGAAGCAGCAAUUUGCAGAGGAGAUGCUGGCUUACAGCGAUGAAUUCAACAAAAUUAUGUACACAGCAUUACGUUCCAAGGGAGGUGUGGGUGAUGAAGCUGUUGCUGCUUUUGACAAGAUAGAAGGCGCCCUUUCAAAAUUUGAUGAUGGACCAUUUUUCCUUGGCCAAUUUAGUCUGGUGGAUAUUGCAUACAUCACCUUUAUUGAAAGGUUUCAGACUGCAUUUUUGGAUAUUAAAAACUAUGACAUCACCAAAGGCAGGCCCAAGCUGGCACAAUGGAUUGAGGAGAUCAAUAAGAUAGAUGCCUACUCGCAAACCCGGGUUGAUCCUCAGUUGCUACUGUCUGGCCUAAAGACGCGUCUUGGGAUUGCAUGAAGAAUUCUUGGUCUUCUGCAGGUAGCAGCAGAAUCCGAGUUGAAUCCGAUGGUAAUAUAGUAUAGUUUGUGGUAGCUACUUCAGACAUAUAAAUGAUCUCAAUGAAUAAUGUUGGUAAUUGCAAUCUAGGCAUUAGCAUACUAGUUGUAGCAGCACCUGUUUGCAGCCUUUGCAGCUGAAGCUUGGGUCCACUGUAUCGGGUUAUCUUUCCUAUGUUGAAUGGUUCUUGCUGAUGUAAUAUGAGUACUUGCUGGGAGUCACGUACUAUGAUGAUGCACUAAUAAUUGCUUUCUAUGGUUAUUGCCA